AACUUUGGGCCUGUAUUAUAUGUACUUCCUGAAGGAGAAGCUCAGUCAGCUGUCACAAACGGGAAGAAGAGGCACUGUAUCGAGGAUAAAUACACGACGGCUGCGAAAAUGUCGAACUUUUCCAACAAAUUUGGCGAGUAUUCGUUGACACAGCUCAACGAAAUUCUCGAGGACGACGAAAAACUUACUAAAAUGAUUCACGAAAUGGACGAGAUGCAGGAAGUCCAGCUAAGUAAAGAGACAACACUUGUAAACAACAGAACCUUGGCAGAGGAAAACCUUGCCCUCCAGCCUGGACUGGAGCUCAAGAAAGAGAAACUCACCAAGAGAUAUGGGUGUCUUCAAGAAAGCUUUGAAGCCUAUCAACUGCGCAAGUCCACUCUAGACCACAAGUCAGGAAACACAUCACUGGACAUUCUGUUGGCUCUGCUGCAGGCAGAAGGAGCCAAAAUAGAAGAGGAAACAGAGAAUAUGGCUGAUUCUUUCCUGGAUGGUGACAUGACCCUGGAAGCCUUCAUUGAUUCCUACCAGAACCAGAGGAAGUUGGCGCACUUGAGAAGGGUUAAGAUUGAGAAGCUGCAGGAGAUGGUGCUGAAGGGUCAGCAGCUUCCACAGGCUUCAGUAUCUACCUCCCGAUCUCAGGAUAUGUCAGCUGGAGCCAGACCCUCAUCCUCCCUCCUCACUGAGGCAGGCAGUGACUCAUCCCCUCUUGUUCAACCCAGAAGGAAGCCUCCUCCUCCCCCAGCCCAGACAGCCCCACUGCUAAAUCCAGCUCCAACUGUUCCCCCCCAGCCUUCGACCUACUAUGCUGUUUCACCAUAUCCGCCAAUUCCUCCCAGAACGGGCCAACCCUAUCCAAAUGUUUCAUCAGGCUAUCCUUUCUUAGGACAAUAUCCACCUGCUUUGCCACAGAGAACCCCCUCUCGUGUAGCCCCGCAGCCUGGCUUCAUCAUUCAGUGAAAAAUAGCCAUUGCCACCGAGGAGUUAAGUGUGUGCUAAGGACACUUCACUACUGGAACUCUUGAACAAUUUUACGUGGCAUUUGCCAUCUUUAUGACAGACCAGAAGGCAGACCAGCAACAUCUGCAAUACCAACAUUUAGCUGAUGUCUAUCUGUAAUUGUGGGGAUAUGUGUGUACCUCUUCACUCACCACUCCCACCCAUCAACACUCCAAACAACUACAACAAAAUAUGGCAAUUUCAUCCUGGCCUCCAGUUGGCCCUAAUCUUCAUAGAGGCAACGCCCCGUGUAGCCUCUGAAUGACGCAAGCUGUAGUGUGUGGGCUAUUGAGUUUGUCAUCUAUUAGCACUUUUUGUCCAUAUUAAGUACCAUUAGCUCUUUAAGUCUGUUUUGGUCUCUCCACUCUCCCUGCAUGUUCCUGAAACUUCAAUGGAACUCGGGAGGAAAGUAGGUUUUACUUAGUCGUUUUCCAGUUGCAGCAUACUAAUAUUAUUGGUUGUGUGUAUGCAAACAAAGACCAUAUUUACUGUGUUUUGACAAAAAUAUCAUUUCCCAGAGUAUAUUCAGGGGGAAAGCAUAUAUGCUGUGACUUAUUUUUAUACAUGUUCACAUGGUACAUAGAAAAUCACCUAAUUUCAGCAUCAUUUUAUUCAAUAGUACUUAAUAGAUUCAUGUACAACAGUCUAGACUGAUGAACACUUAAAGAAAAACCUUGUUUGAUGAAUCAAAAUGCAGUGUCUCUCAGAAGGUCCAGACCUGCCUUAUUCAAGAGGGCUGACUUUUGCAUGUAGUCCAAAAUCAGGGCAGAUGUCAAAAGGGACUUGACAAGAUGGGUGGCUGAACUAUUAGAAUUAAUAAUUUAGGCUUGUGAGCCAAGUCCAAGGUGAAGGAUUUGUAUAUUGCCAUACAGUACAGUUUGUUUGUGUGUCUUCUCUGGAUUCAUGUUGUGUGGAGCGCUUUGCGUCACUCUUGUCUUCUCUUGCUUGGUCUGGAGCUUCUUCCAACAAUUCAGUUGACCCCACCCAAAAGUAAGUUGAUCUCAAACAUGUGCUUGUUUUCUCACACGCGCAGCGUGAGGCCAAAGACUUCAUGCAUCUCUGUUUGACUUUUUUUUUUUUUUUGCAAAAGUAAUCCUUGGUCAUAUUGUCUGUCUUGUGUUUUAUGUGUAUCAAAACAUUUUUCUCAUGCAAAGCCGACUUCUUCAAGAGGGACUUGCAAGACAAGCCAAGCUUUGGAAUUCAUCUUUUUGUGGUGUAUCCAGAACAACACUUUUCACCUUUUACUGCUGUUCCUGUGCACUGUUGAAGAGCCAUGAGUGCCUAUACGUGUAGUGGCGUUGUCCACGUCCUGCUGACUGCGCUUUCUUUAGUUUCCUCAUGGACUUGGCCACGUAUGGGAAAUUUGAUUAGUUCUUCUUAAAAGAGCAGCUUUGUAACUCAAGUCCGUCGGUGUUUGCUCUCACAAGAAACAGGAAGCCAGAGCAUAGCGGCUGUGCCAGUGUGACAUCCUUAGGCUUUGUGCCUACUGGUGCUUGUGACCAUUCUUUCCACAUUGUGUUGAGAUAUGUCUGGCGUGACUUCAAAUAUGUUUGCAUGUUUUUUUGUUUUUGUUUUUUGUUUUUGACCCCGUUUGUGAAAUUACAGGGCUUUGAAAUGUCAUGUUAGUUGUAUUUACAUAAGAGUAUAAAGAUUACAGAUUUGAAAGCUAAAUCUUCAAUGACUUGUGAAAAAGCAUUUGUAAUUAAUACUGGAUAAUUAUUUUGUGCAUGGCGUUUGUGCUUUGUCAAAAAAAAAAAACCCUCCCUUUAAUAGUUCUUUUAGCUGCUGUUCAGCUGACCUGAUACCCGCUCCCAUGGUUUUAUGUGGUUGGUGAUAUUUUGUGUACCGUUUAGGUGUUUACUUAUUCUGAAUGUUUAGGUGGAAUUGUAUGCUAUUUUCAAGUUCAAUAAAUCCAGAAUUUUUGUA